GGUUGCUGGAGAAUUUUUUGUGCGCAGUGAGCCAAGCAGAAAAGAACAGCGUCAACCAGAGACCGUGAGAACAAAAAUACAAUAACCAAAAGUAAACAUCUGAGCCUAAAAGAACAGCAGUCGGAAACUGAGAAAUUACAACUUAUCUGAACAGUGUGCAUUAUGAACCCAGUGUACUGCCCUGCACCAACAGGGGUCCCCUAUGCCAAUCAAAAGGGGCAUUUAGUAGGAUACCCAGCUGGAUUCCCUGUGGGGUAUGCAGCGUCCCCUGCCUAUGCUCCCAACAUGUACCACCCUGGAGCCAACCACCCAGCCUUCCCCACGGGUUACGCUCCGGGCACUCCUUUUAAAAUGUCCUGCUCGCCCACCACGGGGGCUGUCCCACCGUACUCGUCACCCAACCCCUACCCUGGAGCAGUAUACCCUGUGAGAGGCACCUACCCCCAACAGAACCCCUACGCACAGCAUCAAGGCACUUACUACACACAGCCGCUGUACGCAGCCCCGCCCCAUGUCAUACAUCACACUACAGUGGUCCAGCCCAAUGGGAUGCCAGCAGCCAUGUAUGUCCCGCCCAUGCACCAUCCGCCUCGCCCCCACAAUGGUGUUGCCAUGGGGAUGGUAGCAGGGACCACUAUGGCCAUGUCAGCCGGAACAUUGUUGACGCACUCCCCGAAUCCCCUCGCCCCCCACCAAGUCACGAUGCCCACAUACCGACACCCAGGCACGCCCACCUACAGCUAUGUGCCCCCCCAGUGGUGAAGUGAUGGCACUGUCACAAGAUGGUAGAUAUGCAUUGACACUCCCGUCCAGUAUUCUACAGCUGGUGAUGAUGAUGAUGACCCCCUUCAGUUGUUCUUCCUUUUUAUAGGCGUGAUGCGAAUCUGAAUCCUAACCAUACAUCAACAGGUCUGUUCAGAACGGGAUGAAGACAAUCUUCCCACUCCUGACUAUUCCUGUUUGGAAUAACGCUAUCCCAGAAUCCUUCGCUCACUCUGCUCCAUAUCUUCCGUCAGAUGGCUACUGGAGGUCUCCUCCAUGCAAACUUGUGUUUUGUGGACUGUCUUUAGAAAUGUGUAGUUAACUAUUAAGUGGUUAAAAGAGAGUUUGGAUGAGUUUUUAUUUUUGGGGAUCCAUAUUGAGGUAAAUGCGCGUGUGUGUGUAUGCUAAAUAAUGCUCGCUCAAUCUACCUGAGACAUGCAAAAUCACCAAAAAGAUUGAAUCUAAAAGGAACUAAGAAUAAGAACUGCAAUUUUUUUUAGCACUGAUGUCGUGUCUUAAUUUGAAACCUUAAAUAAGAAAGGGGAAAAAUGUUUAGUUUUCAUACAAACAAAGUUAAAGAAGGAAUCCGCAGCGGGGGGAAGACGGUGCCACUGUUAUUGUUUUAGUUGCAAAGCUGCACGGUAAAAAAACUAAAUGUGCAGUAUGUUUUGUGUUCCUCUAUUGCUGGUGUCAGAGGGGGAACAACAGUGUUGGUUGUGUUUGCAGUAACGUCUUUGUUGUGGUAAUAUCACAAACGGAUGUGGCAUUUUCACCAUUAACGAUUCCAGCUUUAGGAUUACUACACAAAGCCGUGCAGAUUUCUGUUUGACUUGUUUUUAGAAACGUUGCAGGCACAGUAUUAUUUCCCUAGAUGAAGCUGCGUCAACAUUUUGUCUGUUGGGACCUUUUUGUUUUUGUAGUUUGGGAAAGUGGGGCUUUUUUUGUAGAGUUUUGUGCCUCUGUGUCCAUUCCAACUCUAAAUCAUUCUCCAACUCUAAUCACUGAGUUCCAUGCAGAAGUUCCAACGGUCUAAGACAGAUAAUUUACCUUUUCCUUGGACCAUCGUCCUAAGAUCCACUACAUCAUGACAGCAGAAUGAUACAGACUUGUCUUGACAUGUGAUCUAUUACUGGUCGCAAACGAAUCUAUUUACAACCACUUGGACUCCUGCAGACAAUGAGUGAUUGUGUAUAAUUCUAUCUUCAGAGGUUUAAAAUACUGAAACUGUUGCACAUACAGAUGUAUGUAUCAUACCUGAACAUGUCCACAGAUCCCUUUCUGUCAUUGGUUUGUGCUUAACCAAACCAAGAGCCACAAACUUUUAAAAGCAAUGCUAACCUGAGACAUUUUCAACAGGUUUGAGACUUGAUUAAAUUAUUAAAUCUAUUAUAAUUUUCUAAGCACUACUGGAAGAGAAGACACAUUAAAUUCUUAUUUGAGACACUGUUUUAAGGAAGCCAGAACUUAACUGACGCGAGAUAUCUCUCUCAAGGCUCCACCAGAACUUACCAGAUUAUAUCGUUGUCUGAGUCACUCGUCUAUGUUGCCUAUCUAAUCUAAGUCACCUCAGUUACUGAAUCUGUUUUGUAAUGUGUUUUUGGGUUGUCGAGAAAGACUACAAAAUAAAUACUAUUAUGAGAA